UGAUUGCAGAGAGCGGUGCAGAAACUGAGUGCACAAGAGAAUCUUCACACGCACUAAAACUCCCUAAUCAAUCCUGCAUGAGCUGCAUUCAGUGGUGCUUAUAACAAAUGCAAACUGCCAAAACAGGAGAUGUCUAGACUGCAGUGUGAGGAGGAUUCAACAUCUCAACAUCCAAUGAGGUGAAGUUAUGUAGACAGAAAUGCCUUGUUUACAAGAAAGCUCGGGGACAGAAUGGCCAGACUGCUUCAGGAUGACAAGAAGGCUAUGGUAACUCAGAUAAGCACUCUGUACAACCGUGAUGAACAGAAAAACAUCUCACAAUGCACAAUGUGACGGAUAGAAGAUCAGAAGAAUUCACCUGGUCUUCAUGUGCGCCUAUUAAAGUGGCUGGUAGGUGUACUGUCUGGAAUAGAAUAGAAGCCUUUCUUUUGUCACAUAUAUAUUACAGCACAGUGAAAAUCUUUCUUCACAUAUCAGAACUUUGGAGGUUGGAGCCUUAUUCAAGAACCCAACAGUGACACCUUUGCAUUGCUGGGGUUUGAACCCUGAUCCACUGAACAACCCAGAGCCUUAACCACUUGAGCCGCUGCUUCCUGAGUGAACAUGAAUUUAUCCACAUUCAGAAUCAAUUCUCCAGCCUUACACUUACUGCUAGUUGAAUAUCCUCUGGAUCCACUCUGACCCUAAUCAGCAUUAAGCAGUUAACGUUGUUAAUGUAGGUUACGAUUGAAUUUCAGACACAAUGUUACCUCAGGCACUGCACUUCCAAAGCUACUGCACUCGUGGGCUCAUCACGAUAAAAUUGUCUACUCAAGUGGCUUGACAAAAUAUUUCAAACGGAAGGGAGAGCGAGAGCAUACGAGGACAUAGAAAGCGAACACAAUAGAGGCAAAACAACCUAUGAUUGCCACGAUGAAAUACAUUCUGGUCACAGGAGGUGUGAUCUCGGGGAUCGGGAAAGGCAUCAUCGCCAGCAGCGUCGGGACGAUUUUGAAGUCCUGCGGUCUUCAUGUCACAGCCAUUAAAAUUGACCCUUAUAUCAACAUCGACGCUGGGACCUUCUCUCCUUAUGAGCACGGUGAAGUGUUUGUGCUGGACGACGGAGGAGAGGUGGACCUGGAUCUGGGGAACUACGAGCGUUUCUUGGACAUCCGUCUCACCAAAGACAACAACCUCACAACUGGGAAAAUCUACCAGUCAGUCAUUAACAAAGAGAGACGAGGAGACUAUCUGGGCAAGACCGUGCAGGUGGUGCCUCACAUAACUGAUGCCAUUCAGGAGUGGGUGAUGAAGCAAGCCAAGAUCCCAGUGGAUGAAGACGGUGUAGAGCCUCAAGUGUGUGUUAUUGAGUUGGGCGGUACUGUCGGAGACAUCGAGAGCAUGCCUUUCAUCGAGGCGUUCAGACAGUUUCAGUUUAAAGUGAAGAAGGAAAAUUUCUGUAACAUCCAUGUCAGUCUUGUUCCUCAGCCUAGUGCUACAGGUGAGCAGAAGACCAAACCCACGCAGAACAGCGUGAGGGAGCUGAGAGGACUCGGCCUUUCUCCAGACCUGAUCAUGUGCCGCUGUUCCACUCCGCUGGAUAACUCAGUGAAGGAGAAGAUCUCAAUGUUCUGUCAUGUCGAGCCUGAGCAGGUAAUAUGCGUCCAUGACGUGUCCUCCAUCUACAGAGUGCCGCUGCUGCUGGAGGUGCAGGGCGUCGUCAACUACUUCUGCCGAAGGCUCGAUCUGCCCAUCGAGGGCAGGCCCAGGAAGAUGCUCGCUAAAUGGAAAGAGAUGUCAGACAGGUCAGACAGACUGUUGGAGCAUUGUUCCAUCGCCCUGGUUGGGAAGUACACGAAGUUCUCUGACUCGUACGCUUCGGUUAUUAAAGCCCUGGAGCACUCAGCCCUCGCCAUCAGCCAUAAACUAGAGGUUAAAUACAUCGAUUCAGCAGAUUUGGAGCCUGCUACUCUGCAGGAAGAGCCUGUAAAAUAUCAUGAAGCUUGGCAGAAGCUGUGCAGUGCAGAUGGUAUUUUGGUCCCAGGAGGUUUUGGAGUCCGAGGGACCGAAGGCAAGAUUCAGGCUAUCAGCUGGGCCCGCAAACAGAAGAAGCCCUUUUUAGGUGUGUGUUUGGGAAUGCAGCUCGCUGUUUGUGAAUUUGCCCGGAAUAUCCUGGGCUGGGCAGAUGCUAACUCUACUGAGUUUGACCCUGAAUCAAAACAUCCUGUGGUGAUCGAUAUGCCUGAGCACAAUCCAGGACAAAUGGGUGGCACAAUGAGGCUAGGGAAGCGACGGACCAUUUUCAAGAACCAGACUAGUAUAUUGAGAAAACUUUAUGGAGAUGCAGACUAUGUCGAUGAAAGGCACAGACAUCGUUUUGAAGUCAAUCCAGAGCUGAAGCAGUACUUCGAGGAGAAAGGCUUCCGCUUUGUGGGCGAAGAUGUGGAGGGAGAGAGGAUGGAGAUUAUAGAGCUGGAUGAUCAUCCGUAUUUCGUGGGUGUGCAGUACCAUCCUGAGUUCACGUCCCGGCCAAUAAAACCGUCCCCACCUUACUUUGGUCUGCUGCUGGCCGCGGCUGGGAAACUACACAGCUACCUACAGAAAGGUUGCCGGCUCUCGCCACGAGACAUGUACAGCGAUCGCAGUGGCAGCAGUUCUCCAGAUCUAGAGCUCGCAGAUUUCAAACUGCACCCCAUGUCUCACGACUGAUCCGGUCCUUAAACACGACGUCUGCUUUUUAUCGGUUCAGAAGUUCACUGUGGUUUAAACAGACCUGCUAACCUUCACACCUAGGUUGUGGAGGAGCUACACAUUUAUACAUUGCACCACACACCUAGGAGUUAAACAUAGCGUUGAGUUGAAUUGACUUCAUUUCCGAAAUGCACAUCUUCCCUGGUAAUGAGUUUGAAAAAGGAAUCCUGUGCUUGCAGAUUUUUCCAAAGUUGUAGAAAAGAUCUGGUGUAAUUACUCAAGUGACCAUGUUAUUGAGCACACACUCGAGUAACCUGAAUGGUAAAACUGUGUUUUGCGGAAAUGUUCUUUUUACCUGCUCUUUAAGCACUUGACUACAAUUAAUUCUAGCUCUCUUAAUAAACCUCUAUAACCCUGAGCAGGAAAACUGUUAGAGUUGGCAGGUCUGUAUAUAACGAAAUUCCUGAUACUAUAAUGCUUUCUGUUCUGUAACAAGCAUGUGUGUGUGCAUGUUUCUUUUUGUCUUCGGUGCAGGACUGCAGUAUUUUACAAAAGAAACCCAGUAAUUGGCUCUGACUUUUAUAGCCUGUUUAAUUGGAGGUUGUAUAUUUUUCAUUCUACUCUACGUUUGUUUUUUUCUUCCAGCAUCAGAAAUAUAAUAAUAUUAAGUAUAUCUUUGUCUGAACUCAGGAUUUUCUCGUGGCCGCUGCAGUUUUACCUUGUACUAUGAAGCGAGUGUGUACAAAAUAUAUAACAGUCAACUGCAUAAUGUAUACAUUUAUCUGUGUUUUAAAUGGUUUUAUUGUAAUAAGCCAGGAGGAGAGACUGCACAGGCUUCACCAUGUUUCCUGUUCUGCUCAUUAAACGUUUAGUUCACUAAAACGUGUGACUGUGGGUUUCAUCCUGCGAGACGACAAGCUGAGCCACGACAUCACUGCAAUCUUCAGCGCACAAAUAAAAUGCAUCAAAACACAAUAAGAACUAAGUAUCUAUCAGUUCCUAUAAUGUGGUUUCUAAAUAAUGGAGAAAUCAUGCUGUGUGUUCUAUCUAAAGGAAUAUAAUAGAAAUAAAACUAUACUUAUUUUAGAAA